CUUUCAUUCCUUCAUCAACUAUUUCUUCUUAGGCCCUCAUCUCCAUCUCAUUCCUCUCGGCUCUUCUCAUUCUUUUCAAUUCUUCUGCUCCAUUCCGAAAUCUCUCGCCUUCGUUCACAGCAAACAAUAAGUUUAUCACAAUGUUGAGGAAUCCUGUUCUCAAGACUGUUCACACCACGACACAACGAUAUGUCACUAGACAAGUAAGGGAUUAUAGCAGACGUGCCCUUACGACCUUGGCUUUUCCUGAUUUGCGCAUGGAGACUAUGGUUCAAACCACGACAAAACAUGGCAUGGAUGUCAUCCACGAUCCAUUGCUCUCCAAGGGCACUGCUUUCUCUCUCUCAGAACGUGAGCGUCUCGGCAUUCGUGGCCUUGUUCCUCCAAGGACACAGGAGAUGGACAAGCAACUUCAACGUAUCAUCCGUAAUUUGCGUGAGUGCCGGACACCGCUUGAAAAGUUCAUUUUCAUGACGGCACUUCAGGAUCGUAAUGAAACACUUUAUUACCGUCUCUUGAUCGAUAAUCUGGAGGAACUUUCUCAAGUUAUUUAUACACCAACAGUUGGAGAGGCUUGCCAGCGAUUCCAUUCCAUUUAUCGUCGCGCAAGAGGAAUGUACUUUAGUACUCUUGACCGUGGCCAGAUGGCUGCUAUGGUUCACAACUGGCCUCACGAUCAGGUCGAUGUGAUUGUUGUUACAGAUGGAUCUCGCGUGUUGGGCUUGGGUGAUUUGGGUGCCAAUGGCAUGCAGAUCCCCAUCGGAAAACUUUCAUUGUAUGUCGCUGGUGGUGGUAUUCGUCCUACAUCAAUUCUACCUGUUGUUCUUGAUGUUGGAACGAAUAAUGAAGAGCUCCUGAACGAUCCACUCUAUCUUGGAAUGGGCCACCGCCGUUUGGAAGGAGAAGAAUACUAUUCCUUUGUUGACGAGUGGGUCCAUGCCAUCCAGAACAGAUAUCCUAAUGCUCUUAUUCAAUUUGAGGAUUUCAAGUAUCCUCACGCUUACAACCUUCUCCAUAAAUACCAGAACCACAUCUGCUGCUUCAACGAUGACAUUCAGUCAACCUCUGCUGUCGCCCUGGCUGGCGUCUUGGCGGCAUUGAAGGCUCGUGGAAAGCCCAUCAAUGCCUUGAACGAAGAGCGAAUUAUCUGUGUUGGUGCUGGUAGCGCUGGUGUUGGUGUCUGCGAGGGUAUCAUCGACUGUAUGGUCGAACAAGGCAAAGUAAAAUCCCGUGAAGAAGCUUACAGUAGGAUCUGGAUGCUGGAUCAGCACGGUCUCCUUGGUAAUCCUCAUAUUGGCUCCACAGACGGCACGACGCCUCUUCCAUUUGGAUUGGGUGAUCGUGCUAAUCUGGAUGAACGUCAGCUGUGCUAUCUUAAGAGGGAUAUGAAGGAUCGCAUGGGUCUUGAGGAUGUUGUCAAGGCAAUCAAACCCACAGUUAUCCUCGGCCUUAGCGGAGCUCGUGGUGUUUUCACUGAGGGCGCUAUCCGUGCUAUGGCUGAGGGCGUUGAAAAGCCCGUUGUCUUCCCUCUCUCGAACCCAACUCACCAAUCUGAGUGUUCUGCUGAGGAAGCAUUCAAGUGGACAGACGGUCGCGCCAUCUUCGCCAGUGGAAGUCCCUUCAAGGAUGUUGAAUAUAAGGGCAAGAUUCGCAAGGUUAACCAAAUCAACAAUGCCAUGUCUUUCCCCGGUCUCGGUCUUGGAAUUACUGUCUCGCGCGCCAGUCGUGUCACAAGUAAGAUGUUCUUGGAGACUGCAAUUACGAUUGCCAACAUGGCUUCGGAGGACCAGCUUAAGAGCGGAGUCCUCUUCCCUGGUGUUGGGGCCCUUCGAGAGGUCUCAAAGGAAGUUGCUGCUAAAGUUUGCGAAGUUGCAUAUGAGCAAGGACUGGCUCGUGCUCACUUGCGUCAGGGCGUCAGUCUGAAGGGAGUGAUUGAAGAGUCCAUGUGGAGCCCUGAGUAUGUUCCUACCAUUCGUAUUGACGGCCAUAUCUAAAAUAACUUUGCAUUAUCCUUAUGACCAGUACGCAUUUAAUAUAUAUCUUUGGCAACUUGUUCAUUCCAUCAGUCUUUCUUCAUUAUUCAUUCAUUCAUUCACACCACCUCAUCAUUUAUAAUAACGAUCG